GUAGGUGGCGGUAAGGGGCUACCGGCCAAUAAGCGACGAAGAAGAAGAGUCACUUGUAAACAUGGAGCAGUAAUGGUAGAGAAGAGUGAAAACUACAUGCUUUAAAAGCAUUUUUAUUCUUUUUUUGUUGUUGUUAUUGAUUUAUGACAUAAAGAGGGACAAAUCUCGAUAAGGGAGUUUUCUUUUUUUAUGGAACAGAGACUUUCAUUCCUUGCGGGCAGAUCUGAGGUCAGCUAAGGAUGACAUUUUGUCUCCAGGUCGCUCUGUGGCUGCGGUCCAGAGCUCCAGUUCACCUCGCCAGUCGACACGUCCACAAACUGUCCUCGCUUCGAAAAGCAACCUCACUUCCUCCCAAGAAGAUGCAGAGCCUGCUGUACCCCUUCAGCGGCCUGGAGGCGUACCUGGACAGGUCAGUGGACAGGAUGCAGUUUCAGCUGUUUCAUCCCUCUAUGGAGGACAUGAUGGAGGCGGAGAAGCUCUUCUGUUCUUCACCGUCUCACCGGAUCGAUUACUACGUCUCUGCAGAGAGGAUGGACCACGCUCCCGUUCUGAAACAGUCAGAGGUGUGUUUCAUCGGCAGGAGCAACGUGGGGAAGUCGUCGCUCAUCAAAGCUCUGUUUUCCCUGACUCCAGAGGUGGAAGUCCGAGUCUCCAAAACUCCAGGCCACACCAAGAAGAUGAACUUCUUCAAAGUGGGCAAAGCGUUCACCUUGGUGGACAUGCCGGGUUACGGACACAGAGCGCCCAAAGACUUUGUUGACAUGGUGGAGCCUUAUCUUUACACCAGGAAAAAUCUAGUAAGGACAUUCCUGUUGGUGGACGGCAGUGUUGGUCUGCAGAAAGCCGACCACAUUGCCCUGGAGAUGUGUGAGGAGACCAGAUGCCCAUAUGUGAUGGUGGUGACGAAGAUAGAUAAAUGUGGGCAGGGGGCGCUGCUGACGAACCUGCUGAAUCUUCAGGAUGUGAUUAACACUCAGACCAGCAGCUGCUUCCCCCAACCUUUUCUGAUCAGCUCUGUUAAUUAUUGGGGGAUCCACCUGCUGAGAUGCUUCAUUACACAUGUGACAGGAAGCAUCAGGCUGAGAGAGAACGCUUCAAAAAGCUGAUAAAACACCAGAGAGUUUCCCUGAAUCAUGACCUUCCAGAGGGUUUUUUCUGUUUUCUGUUCAUACGUCCUAAAUUAUACAUGUCUGCUGCUGCUCUGGUUUUCUUUCUAAUAAAAUCCUUAAA